UAAAUAAUACGGAACACAAGAAAAAAACGAAAAACGAAAACAAAAGAGAAAACGAAAAAUAAUAAAGAAAAAACUCAAAACCAAAAAACGAAAACAAAAAAAAACAAAAUCAAGAACAAGAGAUAAAAUCAGAUAACAGUACCUCCGAAGCAAGGACCCCAACUCUACGGGUCCUGCUCAAGCGGCCGUCAACACAGGAAACUGAAUGGGUUGUUCGCGCGGCCUAAUGAUCGUCGAUAGAGCGCCGUUUUCUUUGCUCUAAAGGGUGUCUUCGGCAAGCAAGGCGCAUGGGCAAUAAAAGAAAGCGACAGGCUGCCGACGCCCUUUCGCCAUUCCCUGCGCAGGAGGAGAAGCAGGGAAGGGAGGAGAGGGGCGGAACGAGGAAUGUGCUCUCCCCCGCUGCCGCCGCCAUGUGGAUCAGCUUGUCCAGACACUCGACCGCCGAGCAGAAUGUCGCCAUGCCACCUUCACGGCCUUCUGCUGCCACGUCGUCCUCGAGCCAAGGUCUGUACCCACACGUGUCUGCUACUUCAGGCCGCUACCACUACUACUACCCUCCCCCUCCUGCUGUUUCUGCCGCUGAUGCCCUUGCUGAUGCCGCUGAAAUCUCUGGUCGCUACUUUAAUCCUCCUUCUGCUGAGCCUGCUGUCACUGCUGGUAGACUCUCUGCUGCCUGCGGUAAUGGCGUAGCGGGAGUCGGUAGCUGCGCGCUGCUUCCUGAAGGCGGCGAUGCUGUGGGUUUGUCCCGGCUUCCUGUGACUCCACCGAGCAAGUUCAAGCGUAUAAAAAGCUUCUUUAAAUCGAGUGCGAAAGACCGCAAGGAGAAAGACUGCAAGAAGCGGGCGGCCGACGGAGCUCCCGCCCAGCGCAGUGUUCGCAGGGGGGCGAGUCCUGUUCUCAUAGGUCACACUUCAUCUUCAGGAGUCAGCAUCGACAACCUGAGGGGCGUCUGUCGCAACGACGUCCCCACCAGGAAGUCAUUCCGGCUGGUGGGCCAGUCCAGCAACCUGCGCGAGGCCCGAGGGGAGGGUCUGCUUCCCUACUGGCUGGAGGAGACGCCCUGGAGACCCAGAGGGCCGACGGAGGUUAGCGGGUUGCCGGGGGACAGCGGUCAGACACACCAGGAGCAAACGCCGGGUUCGCCAGGCUCGUUUGACGUCAGGUGGGCUUCCCUAAAGGGCAGGAAUAAGCGCAGACUGUCGGGCAAAGCGCAGGAGCGGCCUCCUGGUUGGGAGGACGUGAAUCUGGAGGCUAACAAGAAGCACAACAGCGCACGCCGAGCCAAAAGUAAGCUGUCUCUCCGUCCGUCGUUUGUUAUUAAGAGCGUCGAUGAGUGCGCGCGGGGUAAGGGCAGGCCCUCGUCUCUGGACCUUCAAGGGCCUUCGCACGGCGCCAGGGAACAGGCUGACUCGUCUGACGUUUUUGAUUUGAAAGAAAUCACGGAGAAAGUUGACAGUAUAAUAGCCAACAAUUCUCUCCUGGAGAGGCAGCAGUGCUCGUAUUCUACCACCAACGUGGCGCCGCACUCUGCGUGCAACUCUCCGGGCGAGACGGCGACGCUCAUGUCCUCCUACAUAGCGGACCGCCACCUGUGGUCUUCCACGGACAGCUUCAUCUGUGAAGACUUCAUGUUCUCCGACAAGCGCCGCUGCUUCAACGACUUGGCACACGAGGGGAUGCUGCAGUCACUUCGAUCCUAUUCCCAGAUCUUCUUGAACCAAAUGAACCUGGACGACCCCCACGAGGCCGAGACCCAGGGCACAGAGCGUAGUGCGUCCCUCGCCUCAUCGCCCCGGCUAACUCCACCUGGUUCGCGGGGGUCGGGGGAGAUGCGCAGCUCAUCUCCGACUCAAGAAGAUAUUUCGAGCAGCUCUAGAGUUUACGACCGCCUGGGCUUGGCCGAGGACAGGGAGUGUUCGGGCGGCAGGCAGAGCGCCUCCCCUCCCCCCACGGACGUGAGUCCCGGCCGGCGCCGCCACUGGAUAACUUUUGAUUCUGUCGAGCACUUGAGUGAAGACGUGUCUCAUACCCCUACUGCCGACACCUCCUCGAUCGACGACAGGCGUGGGACCAGCCCUGCUGAAGACGGCCCUGACUCCGAGAACAACCAGCCAGGAAUGCUCUUGAAGGACCACCACGGCAGCACCGCCAACCUGAUGGAGCCGCGUCUCGAGCAGCCACCAGAACACUACCAGUGCCGCCUCGUGCGAUCUUAUUCCCAGCGCGGACGCCGAGCGAGCAGGAGAGUCAUAGACUCGAUGAGUCGCCGAAUGAACCCCGUCGAAUACGACAAAAUGAGGGAGCCCAUCCCGCCCAUGUUUUCCAAGGCCGCACUCACCAUGCACACGGGCCCGGGGCUCUUCGAGGAGCAACAGCCUCCCAAAAUCGAGUCUCCACGAAGGGAAGACCUUUCGAGCCCGCAGGAGGAGACCGGCGCUGGCGCCCGGUCCUGCACUUCCCCGUCCACGAAGGAAGACAAGGCGGAAAGGCCCUCGACGCCAAGGAUUUCCCUGACUCCCAGUCUGCCCUCGCGCGUUGGCUCCCUGCGCUUGCCCAAGAUGCCGGCAGCCUUCGUGCGUCGCUCCGUGUCCUUCGCCGGGCCCAAGGUGGAGCACAGCGAAAUCAAGUUCCAGCGUAUGUCUGAGAACCGCGGGUCCUUCCGACGUGCUAUGUCGGGACUGGGAGCGCUUGCCCGGAGCUUUAAGAAGGGCAAGGCUAACCCGGACUCCCCUGCCACCACGCCUUUAGAGAGCCCCGGCGAAGAGAAGAGAGCUUCCAUCUGCAUCUGUGACAGGGAUGAGAGAGGGACCUUCGCCAGGGACAAGGAAGCCAAACAGCGCAGUGCACAUAGAAGCGCCAGCGUCAAGGUACACAGAAACAAGCAAGUUCCUCACGCGCCCAGGCUGCCUCGCCGCGCCAUCGCAAGGAACUCGGCCGAACCUUUCACUCACACCUGAGACGAUCUCACAGCUGGCUUAGCACUCUCACCUGAGGAUCCUACUCAACAGCUGCCGCCACACUCACACCUGAGGAAUCAUUUUGUCUUCUCAACAGUUGACUCCUCGCUGACACAUGGGGCAGUUAUGAACAGUUUACUUAUUCUUAUCACUCACCUAUGAGACCUCAUUAUCAACAUUUGACUCAUGACUCAGCAGUUACUCAUGACAAUAAUAUCAUUAUCAGCAUGACUCAUUACGAUCGAACUAGAUACCCGUAUGCAACAGCUCACACAUCCUUCAUUCCUGAGAGGCUUAUCAACAGAUCACUCAUCACAGACACCGGAAAAUGGUUAUCGACUGAUUCAUCAUUCACGUAAGACAUUUGAGAACUAUUGUUCAACAGAUUACUCAUCACUAUUCCCGAAUACCUCGUACUCAAGUGACUCACCACUCACUUAAGAAACGGCUUCACUAUCAACAGGUCUUUAUUCUUUGUUAACUCAUCACUCCACUCAUCACCCAUGAGCUCCUUACUCAUAGCUGAGUCAUGAUCCAACGAUUUCAUGAGUAUUGUCUAAAGACCCAGUGCGGAUUUUUUUUGGCCUUUGUACAUCGAUGUUUGUAUAGAUUGUGGAUGUACGUUUGACUUUUAGCCUGUACUUUUUAGUAAAUAAAAUCAAUGAAUA